AUGGAUGGACUAUCGAACCCGAAUCUGUUCCUCGACGACGGAACGCAGGGCUUUACACACGUGAAAGAUGCUGGCCCGGACAAUGGUACCUUCGCUCUGUCAGAAGUGCGCGAAGAUACCCGGCAAGCCGAUCGAGGAGGCUCCCGGAUCAUCGCGCUUCCCAAGGACCGAUACCAAAAGCCGCCUCAGCUCGCAAAAGGCCUCAAGGCGUGCAACCUGAACUACCAAAGCCGAGACCGCGACGGCAACCGAGCCAUUGACCUGGAAUUGAACAUCGCAACGCACCCGAGGAACGCCUCUACGAUACGACCUAUCAUCCAGGCCCGCAACUCGAGUAAUAGCACGCAACUUUUGUACGAUGCCGAGAUGAGUUGGAUGGAGGCCAAGCAGGGCGCGAAAGACUGUAUCAUCAUGACAACGAAAUGGGAUCUUGCAGCUGGCGAGAAGAAGAAGCGGGUAGACUUUCCACGGGAGUUCGACAGAGAUGCGGAGGUGUUGUGUUGGAUAAAGGACUUCAGGUUCCUCACAUACGACGGUUCGCCAUACUCGGUCGACGUCUGGGCCAGUGAUGUCACGCCCAAAGGCUUCACCGCGAAUGCUAGCGGAAGCAGGUGUGCUGAGCGCCUGGGAGUCACCUGGAUCGUGUACUACAAAGGCAAGAACAAAGUUGCUAGUGGGUCUUUCAGCACCGAGGACGUUGAAGAUCGGGAAGACGAACAACCAGAGAACGCAGGGAGGGUGGAAUUCGCAGCAGCUACAUUUAGCAAACCUCCCACUGUUCUGGUCGGGUUGAGCCAGUUCGACCACGCUGGCAGCCGAGACUUAAAACUUGGAGUGUAUGUGACUGCAGUAGAUGAAUCUGGCUUCGAUUGGCAGCUAAAUACUUGGGGAGAGAACUCCAACGACGCCCUUCGAAGUGCUGAAGCAACCUACGUUGCCCUCGACUUUGUCUGA